AUGAAGUCCCUCAACGCGAUCCUCGUCUUUGCCUCACUCGCCGCUGCUGCACCUGCCGCCUCUGCUGAUGCGGCUGCUCCCAUCGAGGCGAGGCAGGCUGCCAGCCCAUGCCGCUAUGAACAGAAGUUGACCUGGAACACGGGCCAGAUCGCGGGCGAUGGAGGAUGGGCUUGUAUCACAAACAACAAUGGCGGCUGCAGGGAAUACUACUGGAAGGACGAGUUUCCUUACUUCAGCUGUGCUUAA